AUGGUUGAUGCUGGAAUUUGGGCAUAUAAGGAUGAUGAAGAGCUCCGUACUGGGGAAGAGAUCGGCGACCAGCUUCUCCAAGCAAUUCGGCAGUCAAAGAUCUCAAUACCAAUCUUUUCUACAGGAUAUGCUGAUAGUCCAUGGUGCCUUAGAGAGUUGGUCAAGAUGGUGGAGAGCAAGAACACAAGGGGACAAAAGAUCAUGCCCAUUUUCUACAAUGUCGCACCAUCUGAGGUCAAAUACCAGAAUGAGCACUACGGCAACACCAUUGUUUCUCAUUUAAACAAGAAGCAGUUCAAUGAUGAGACUAUCAACCACUGGAAGGCUGCUCUUAAAGAGGUUGGAGACCUAAAGGGAUGGGAUUUCCACAGCAUGCUAAACAGAGGCAAAGGUGAAUUCGUGAAAGAAGUUGUCAAGGAAGUUCUGACUGAGUUGAGAACUGCCAAUGUGGAAGUAUCCGAUUGCUUUGUCAAAGUAGACAAUGAUGUGGAUGAAAUCAUAAGGAUGAUAGGUUCACAGAACAACGAAACAAAGAUUGUUGGAAUUCACGGUAGUGGUGGCGUGGGAAAGACGACUCUUGCCAUAUUUGUGUACAAUCAACUUUCUGAAUAUUUUGUUGACAAUUGUUGCAUCCUUUAUGACAUGCGAACACAAAACAUUACAGACUUGCAGAAACAGCUCAUUUCAAAAAUCCUUAAAAGGAAAUCGUUUGAUAUCAACAAUGUCAUGGAAGGGAAAGAGGUGAUCAAGAGAAGGUUAUGCUCUAAAAGAGUGCUUCUUCUACUUGAUGAUGUUAAUGAUGCAAGUCAACUUGAUGCGCUCAUGCAGAAGCGUGAGUGGUUUGGUAAGGGAAGCAAGAUUAUUAUUACCACUCAAGACUGGGGAAUUCUCAAAGUGCCUACACUUGUUGAUGGGGCUUAUGAACUUAAAGGCAUGAAUUUUAAUCAUUCUUUGGAACUUUUUAGCAAGCAUGCCUUCAGAAGAGAUUAUCCCAUACAACAAUACAUCUCUCACUCUAAUAGAGCAGUAAAGAUUUGUGGCGGCCUCCCUUUAGCUCUAGAGGUCAUUGGUUCUCUUUUAUUUGGAAAAAGCAUAGAGGAGUGGGAUGCCAUAUUAAAGGAGCUAGAAAAAUUUCCUCAGGAGGAUGUUGAAAAGAAGUUGAUAAUCAGCAUUGAGGCAUUAAAUGAAAGACAAAAAAAUAUAUUUUUGGAUGUGGCUUGUUUCUUCAUUGGGUGUGAUAAAAGAAUUGUGAUCCACAUGUGGGAAAGCUGUGACUUGUGUCCUCAUCAAUCUCGUUCAAUCCUCCAGCAAAGAUCUUUGAUAAAGAUUAGAUAUGAUAACCAAUUAUGGAUGCAUGAUUGGUUAAAAGAUAUUGGAAUAAAUUUUAUACGAAGAGAGAGUGACAUGAAACCGGAGAAGCAACAAUGGGUGUGGACUUAUGAGCAAGCAUUGGAUGUUCUGGUGAAAACACAGAAUGGAGGUGGUUUUCAUGGAAAUGAAAGCAUUAAAGCAAUAUGUCUUGAGUUCGAUGAACAAUCUCGAUAUUACUUCAUCAAAGAAUUCUUAGCUAGCCUUUCAAAUCUAAGGUUCCUUCGAGUAGACAAAAAGUCCAUAUCUCAAGUGGAUAGUAAAGACUUCAAUGGAGACUCAAUGUCCAUCCUUACUCAAGCUGAUCCUUUCCAAUAUGACCAAAAUUCAAAUUUUCUUCAAACCCCAUAUGGCCGAUUUAAUCUCCUUUCAGAAUUGAGAUGGCUUUCAUGGAAUUACUUUCCUAUGGAUAUGAAUUAUGAGCUAACUAGUUUCUCCUUCGGGAAGCUAGUAAUCCUUGAUUUAUCAAGGAGUAAAAUCACAGAAGAAUGGGAUGGAUGGAGCCGCAUAAAGCAGGCUAGGAAUUUGAAGGUCCUAAAUCUAACUGGAUGCCAAGAAUUGCGUGAAACUCCAGACUUGUCUUUUAAUGUGAAUUUAGUACAGUUGAUUCUCGAAGGAUGUAGGAGUUUGGUUCGAAUCCAUCCAUCCAUUAGUCACCUUAAGAGCAAUUCAGGAGUUGCCUGAUUCAAUUGGAAACAUGAA